CCUGCCCAGCGGUUCUUUCACAGAGCUCUAGAAAACUGUGAAAGUGCCUUCAGCAUAAACAAAUACAGAACUCUCCCAAGACAAACCUUUAGCCAAAUGAAGGCAAGGCCUAGGGGUUAACAGUUUCACUCAGAGGUUGAGGUGGAAACUCUCUCGGGGGACAAGCCGGACCAGGUGUCGGAGGAUGUCAGCAAAACAAGGCAGCUCAAUAACUUAAGACAAGACAGAAUCCUGACUGAUGUGAGCAUCUGCACAGAUACCCAGGAGGUCCCCUGCCAUCGAAACGUGCUGGCCUGCAGUAGCCCCUACUUCAGGGCCAUGUUCUGCAGCAACUUCCGGGAGAGCAGGGAGACCAAAGUCCAACUGAAAGGCAUUGACUCCAAGACUCUAGACCAGAUCGUGUGGUAUGUGUACACCGGGGAAGCAAACAUCACAUCUCAGAACGUUCUGCCCCUGAUGGAGGCAGCCUCCAUGCUGCAGUACCCCAAGCUGUUUGAGGCCUGCUCCUCAUACCUGCAGAGUCAGCUGACCCCCAUCAACUGUCUGACCAUGAUCCGGCUGUCUGAAAUCUUUGCUUGUGAGACCCUCAAGAAGAAAGCCAGGAAGGUGGCCCUGAUGUAUUUUCCAGAAGUGGCUGCAUCAGCCGACCUGAAGGAGCUCUGCGCUGUGGAGUUGAAGGACUAUCUUGGAGAUGAUGGACUCUGUGGGGAGGAAGAGAAGGUGUUUGAGGCCUUCAUGACUUGGAUUAAGCAUGACCUCCAGGCCCGGAAACAAUACAUGCAGGAACUAUUCAAGCAGGUCAGGCUCCAGUACAUCCACCCAGCCUUCUUCCAACACUUCAUUGCCAGUGAUGCCCUCCUCCAGUCCUCACCAUCCUGCCAGACCAUCUUAGAGACAGCCAAGAGGCAGAUGUUUUCUUUGUAUGGCACCUCCAGUGCCCUAGACCUCCACCCUCAGUGGCAAGUCCCUCCAAGGAACUCUUACCAAGAUUUCCUAGUCCUCUUAGGUGGGAGAAAGGAUAACCAGCAGACAACCAGGGAGGUUCUACUAUACAACAGACAGGCCAACCAAUGGCAGAGUCUUGCCAAGCUUCCGACACGACUAUAUAAAGCUGCAGCCGUGACCUUGCAUCGAAGCGUCUACGUGCUAGGGGGCAUGACCAUGGGCACAGGAAAGAGCAUGAUCAGUCAUGAUGUCUACAUCUUCUCCUUGAAACACAAUCGGUGGAGCCUGGGGCAGCCCAUGCUGGUGGCUCGCUACUCCCACAGAAGCACUGUCCAUAAGAACUUUAUUUUCUCCAUUGGGGGCACUGGUGAGGGGCAGGAGGUCUUGGGCUCCAUGGACAGAUAUGACAGCAUCUGCAACAUUUGGGAAAGUAUGGCCAACAUGCCAGUGGCAGUGCUCCACCCUGCAGUUGCAGUCAAAGACCAAAGACUCUACCUCUUCGGGGGAGAGGACAUCAUGCAGAACCCUGUGCGCCUUAUUCAGGUUUAUCACAUUGUCAGAAACACUUGGUUCAAAAUGGAGACACGAAUGAUCAAGAACGUGUGUGCCCCUGCAGUGGUGCUUGGGGAGCGGAUUGUCAUUGUGGGAGGUUACACGAGGAGGAUUCUUGCUUAUGACCCUCAGUCCAAUAAGUUCAUCAAAUGUGCAGACAUGAAAGACCGGAGGAUGCACCAUGGGGCUGCAGUGCUGGGGAACAAGCUCUACGUGACAGGCGGGCGGAAGCUGACCACAGAUUGCAGCAUUGAGGAUUCAGCCUCUUUCGACUGCUAUGACCCUGAGACAGACACCUGGACAUCCCAGGGUCAGCUGCCUCAUAAACUCUUUGACCAUGCCUGUCUUACUCUCCAAUGCAUACCCCCCACCUUCAGCUUCCAGUGAGGGUGACUGGAAAGCCACCAUCUUUGUCAGGAGGCUUUUGUUGAAAGAGACAGAAACCCAGGUUUGAGAAGGUUACCUCAAAAAGGAUGCUGGGAGAGCUCACAAAAAUAAAAUUCCUAGCACCUGGAGACCUGCAUCCAGCCACAUUGUUGGCAAAAUUCUGAAACAGAGACCUGUCUCUGUCUAUGUUUCCCAGACAUUCUCUGUGUGUAUAUCUCCCCUGCUCUCCCACCUCUUCCUCCGUUACUAUAUAUACUUCUUCUUGCUGUAUCUUUUUUCAUCAUUUUGUCUUCUUUUCUUUGUCUCUUUCCUCUCCCUCUUCCUCCCUCCUCCUUCCUCCUAACCCUCUACCUUAUAUCUAAUAGAUAUCAUUCUACAAACACAUUUCUUUACCUACAUAGUAUGACAAUAUCAAUUUUUAAACCCAGGCUCAUAUUUUCUGGCUUUAUAUAUUCAGGAGAGGACUUAACUGUUAUUCUGACACUAGCCCUGAAAAAUGGUUCCAACUGACCUUUCUGUCCCUUUAAAUCCCAUGCUUACCUCUUGAGUCAAUCACUAUAACCAAUGGUUUUGCUACUGUAAGUGUGUAGGCUUGGACCAGGUCAUUCAAGCACAGAGGAAGUUAGCCAAUAUCAUUGGCACUACUGUGGUGCAUAAUGGGAAUCAGUUUCACAAAGGAGGAAAUGGCAAACUGUCCAAAAUUUUUUUGAAUUCAGAAUGAGAAUAAUGAGAGUCUCCCAGAAAGAAUCAUUGUAGACAAUUGGUCCGGCUGCUAUUGUGACUCUGAAUGUUUCUCUGCAUUCUGGGGGUAUACGUUAUUGAAAUUCCAGAGCAAGAGAAGCAACUUGGAAUCUCAUGUACACCAUUUUAUUUGUGCUGCCAGAAUAAAGUUUGUUUCUGGUGCCAGAUGAUGUUUUUCUCCAAUCCCUGCGGAACUAUAAACCUGCAGAUUUAGUCAGGAUUUUGGGUAAAUGUCAUGAGAACUGUUCUUUUGAGGAAAGCCAGCAAAUUUCUUCAGUGACUACUAUGAUUACUGCUUUCCCAAUGCCCAGGAUGACUUGCCCUAUAUCUCUGUCUCAACAAGCCUCCCACCCUGGCUCAGUCCCAAACUCAGAAUAAACUGAAACUGGCGGCAUAGUACAAUCACCUGGGAAGAUACGUGAACGUGGGGCUGAGAGUCUUAAGAGAUAGAUACAUGGCAAUUCCCUGAGCAGGGCCUAGAGUACUGCAUUUUAGGUAAGCAUGCACACAGAUCUCUGUUGAGUCCCAUUUCCAUCCCACCCUUGCUGGCUCUGUCCUGGCCCAGCAAUGCAGGUGCUCUCUUAACUCUGCAAGGAUCUGUGUGAUAAGCCUCAUUGCCCUGAGGGUGAAGCUCCGCCAAGCUAAAACUUUCCUACUCCCUGCAAUUCUCUGUAUCCUUAUUUUCUUGUAUCUCUUGUUUUCCUUAUGACUAAAUGAUGGAACAUACCAAAGCUUAGACCUUUAUCUACUUAUGUAAAUUUUACUUAUGUAAAUUAGACCUUUAUUUACUUAUGUCGCUCCCUAAAUUCAUCUAAUGCGUGACUUAAAAUAUUCCCCAAUGCUACUGACUUUCUGAUUUCCUCUAAUGUAGAUGUCACUUCUUGCUCUGCAUCUCCAUUCCCAUGUGGGAUACCUCACAAUGAACGUGUUCAAGAAAUAUGUUUCUCUCCUCACCAAACCAACCCUCCCAUAGAAUUCCCCAUUCUGGGAUAGAACUAUGCCUUGCUCCUACUCCUUCAAAUUCAAAGUUUCAGAAGCUACUUUUUCUUUUAAUGUCAUACUGGAGAAUGAACCUAGGACCUCAAACAUACAUAACACCACCACAGAGUCUCUUUAGGCCAGGUCUUUUAUGGCACAAUGACUAAAGCAUCUUAAUGUCUAAUAUUUGAUCUCUGGCACCAUUUAUGCCAGAGUGAUGUUCUGGUUCUCUCUCUCUCCUACUGAUAAAUAAUCUUUAAAAAAAAAAAAAGGAGGGAUAGAUAGACAAAGGAAAAAGAGAGACAUCAAGGUAGCACUCUACCACCGUGUAACUGCUCCCAUGUGGUGUUCAAACUCAGAGUCUUGUGCAUUACAAGGCAUGUGCUCUAUCAGAUGAGCUAUUUCUGAGCCCAACAGACACUACUCUUAACUCUUUUCUUUCUCUCACAUUCCACCCCAUCUAUGCCCACUAUACCCAGAACCCAAUUGUGUCUUACCAUCCACAACCCUCACUCCAAUCCAAGCUACUCUUUUCUCCCCUGAACUAUUAAAAACAUUUCUUCACUAAUCUCUCUGCAUCCAUUUUUACUUUCAGAAUCUCUUCCCAAUACAUGGUCUACAUCACUAAAGUGAAUCAGGAUGUGGAAUUCCUACAUGAAGUCCUUCAAAUAGCCUUCAGGGAGGAGCAAGUUGUUCACUCCCUCCACAUGCUGCAUGGCCUCUCUAUUCUCAUCUCCCCAAGCUAUAUCCUCUCUUUCCAAUAGUGUUAGCCACACUGUCCUCCAGGCUCAAGUAUUUCCUUCCAUUCUUCUCCUUCUCCUCCUUCACCUUCUCCUUCCUCUACUCCUUCUACUUCUUCUCCUUCUUCUUUUGAUUUAAUAGUGAUCAACAAGUCCAUUGGAUAAUUCCACACAAUUCCCACCACCAGAGUUCUGCAUCCUAUCCCCUCCAUUGGGAACUUUCCUAUUCUCUAUCCUUCUGGGAACAUGGACCAAAGCUCUUUAUGGGGUGCAGAAGGUGGAAGGUCUGGCUUCUAUAAUAACUUCUCUGCUGGACGUGGGUGUUGGCAGUUGGAUCCAUACCCCGAGCCUGUUUCUGUGUUUCCCUAGUGGAGGCUCAAGUAUUUCAAACAGGUCUCCACUUUCUAUUUUCAUGUGUGCUAUGGCCUUCACCUGAAAAAUGUCUACUUGUUCCAGCUAGCACAACCACUAUCUCACUCUUUCCUCUCCUCAGUUCUUUGAUAAGAGAUGUCUUCCCAUAUUGCCCUUAUCCAACCUGUCAGCAGGGUCUGUCAGUAAAAAUCCUGAAACAAACCACAAA